CUUCCUUCCCUCUCUCCUCUACCUGCGUCCUCGCCCACUCGCUCCUCUCACUCACUCACUCAUUCACUCACCCACUUACCCACUUACUACUACUCACUCUGUCUACUGUACUGUAUCUGUACUCACUCCUCACUCACUCGCCAUUCUUCACUCAGGCCUCCAUUCUUCACUCUGGCCCCCAUUCCGAAUCCCGUAAUUCCUUGCACUGCACCCGUCCUUCGAUACAGCGCAAACCCUGCCCUCCCCUGUGUCUGUGCUUGCUUGCGUGUGUCUGUGUUGUGUGGCUGUCCGUCUGUCUGUCUGCUCUGUGUGUACCUAAGUCGAGUGUGUGCGUGCGUGAGUGCAGAAAUUCUCCCACCCACUAGAAACACCACCCAAGCACCAAACCUCUUACAUACCUGUCCAUCCCUCCUAUUCCUCCUUAUCCCCCCCCACUUCACGCACAUUGUCGGCCCAACCCCAGCACGACUGCAACUGAACGUGUGAGUGUGUACGGAAAGAGAAGAGACAACCAAGAGGGGAGAGGGUUGAGGAAGGGAAAAAAAAAACACCCUAAGACCAGCGUCAUACGAUUUGAACCUACAACUGGGUCUUUUCUGCCUUACCUUCCCGGCCGACACCACUCAUCCCGUCCCCAUCUGCCCAUCGCCUUCUGCCGACAGUCGUACGACUCUACCUCUACACACACACAAUCAAUCACACACACACACACGCACGCAAUCCUUUUCCCGCUGCGACCACGCCGUCCGUCGACCACCGUCAAUCAAUUUCUCGCUGUACGCCCUCAACUCCGCCGUCCCAGAUUCCCACUCGCCUCUGAAUCUCGUCUGAGUCUCUCCCCUACCGCUCCGUUCCGCACUGUACCGCACCAUACCAUACCGUACACCCCCCUGUGGCCCUUCUCGACCGAUUCCGUUGCGACCGCCGGCCACUCACGUCUCGUCCCCGAGCCAGAAUCGGGACCUGGCCCCCAUUCGCACCACUCCCGAAUCCCCGAUUGACCCUCAAGGGCCUGUCAUCGUACCGACUUCGAUGAAUUGAGCAUCGGCCCAUAGUUGCAUAUGCCCUACACGGAUACACCGCUCGGCAUCAUGGCGGACCAGGACCCCAACGCCCUGUUCGGCCUCGACGACUCGGCCCUCGCCGUUGCCCCGUCCUUCCUCGACGACUCGGACUCCCAGAACCUCGAGUCCGCCUCUAACGGAGCCUCCAACAUCGCCAGCGACGGCCAGUCCUACUACAACGCGACCAAUUGGUCCUUUCAGGACACGCCCCCGUACGAUUCCUACAGCAGCAUCGCGGCCACCUCCGCCGCUGCCGCCACGCCUCUCUUCCAGACUGCCUCCCCCUGGGAACAACUGUCCCCGAACCAGCACCACCAGCAACAGCACCACCAACAGCAGCAGCAACAACAACAACAUCACCACGCCCCUACCAACGUAACCUCCCCCCUCGAUCACUCGACCCUCGCCCAGGCCGGCUUCUAUGCCGCUCCCACUCCCGCUCCCUCCCACAACCAGCACUCCCAUCGAGCCGGCCAACACCACACCCUACCCCAAGAGACGUUGAGCCUCCUGACUCCCGCCCAGCAGGAAAAGCUCAGGAACAUCGCCAUGCCCGCCCAUCUCCAGUAUCAAUCUCCCAAGAGCGAGCCGAGCCCCGGAUCCGCCACCAGCGACCACAAGGCAGCAGGACUGUCGUCCCCCGACGCCCACGACCUCUCGAGCAAGGACAGCCGGAAGCGCAAGUCGUCGGCCGAUGCCGACGACGACGACGAUGAAGAUGACGAGAACCACCCGGUCAAGAAGACGGCCCACAACAUGAUUGAGAAGAGGUAUCGCACGAACCUCAACGACAAGAUCGCCGCCCUUCGCGACAGCGUGCCCAGCCUUAGAAUCAUGUCAAAGAGCGCCAGGGGCGAGGACACCACCGAGGAUCGUGAGGAGCUGCACGGCUUGACGCCGGCACACAAGUUGAACAAGGCUACCGUUCUGAGUAAAGCGACCGAGUACAUCCGCCACCUCGAGAAGAGGAACAACCGACUCUGCGACGAAAACACUGCCAUGCAGGCCAGGAUCAGCGCCUUCGAGAAGCUCUUCGUCGCCGGCGCCAUGAACGGCGCCAUGAGCCCGCUCCAGCAGCCGCCCACCCCGAUGCAGUACCCGCAGGACCACUACAUCAGCACGCCCAUUGGCACGCCGCGCGGCGAGCCCGCCCAGGGCAUGAUCCCCGUCCCCGACGACAUGAAGCGCAUCAUCUCCGCUCAGAUGGCAGUCGGCCAGCCCUACCCCGUCCCGCAUCAAGGAUAUCGUGGAAACCCCGCCCUCAUGCGACAGCAACAGAUCCAGCAGCAACAGCAGCAGCAACAGCAGCAGCAGCAGCAGAUGCAGCAGCAGGGACGCUGGGGCGCUGGCCCUUACUUUGGCAAGCUGAUGGUAGGCUCGCUCGCCGGCCUCAUGAUCAUCGAGGCCGUACGCGAGAACGAGCAGAGCAACGAGUCACCCGAGGGCCGUGGCCUCUUCGCCAUGCCCAUCCAGCUGCUCAGCUACCUCGGAUCGACGUCACACAUGCACAUCGGCGGCUACUACAUCUCGCCUGCUCAGAUCAUUUCGCAUCUCAAGUUCUUGCUCUUCCUCGGCACCAUGUUGUGGGUCUUUGUGCCGUCGCUCUUUGUGUCGUCCGAGAAUAAGCCCAAGAAGGCGCAGCAUCUGAGGGAGUCGCUCCAAGCCGCCGGCUCUGUCGCGUCGCCGAUUCACGUGCGUCGCCAGGCCUGGCUGACGGCCAUCCAGACCGUCUGGGUCCCGCAACACAACUUCUUCCUCGAGGCCGCGGCCUUGAUGAUGAAGACGAUGAAGCUGAGCAUGCGCAACGCCAUUGGCGUGCACGGCUACCAGAUGCUCACCGGGCUGACGGAGGAGCAGGAGGCCGCACGUGUCAAGGCCUGGUCUAUCGCUCUGGAUGCGCAGCUGGCGGGAGGCGACGUCGAGAUCAACAAGAGCCGCCUCACGCUCACGCUCUUGGCAUCCGGCACCCUUCCCGACACCCCAUCGCGGCUCAUGCUCAAGGCUCUGCACGUUCGUGUGCUCCUCUGGGACCUCGGCUCCAAGGGCCUCCACAACAUUGUCGCCAAGAAGCUCGCCCGUUCUCUGUGGAACGAGGCCAGAAACCUGAAUCGCGUGCUCUCCCAGCUCCGCCGCAACUCGGAGCAGGUCGACGACGACCUCCCCGAGCACCUGGCGGCCCUGAUUGAGCUCGAGUGUGAUGACAUUCUCAACAAUGCCGUUAUCCAGCGGGCCUACAACCUGGCGUGGAACUUGGCGACGACCGAGGGCGUCACGGAGCACAACGAUGGAAUGGACUCGGUCGUCGACGACCAGGCCGUGCGCUCGCCCCUGGAUGCCGUCGCGGCUUGGUGGUCUAGCCAGACGAUCCAGCGUGCCUUGGUCACCAGCCUCGAGGCCGGCAAGGACGACGGCGACGCGCCGAGAGUGGUGUCGACGUGCUUGGAGUCGGCGCUCAAGACGGCGCCCAUCGGAUCCGGUGCGCAGGCGCGUGCUCUAGUGGCGCGCGCCGUGCUCGUCGACGAGAAGCGGGGUGCCAACAUUGCCGCGGCGAUCCAGAACAUGCAGCCGACCAGUGAGCAAGGUUCGAUCGGCCGGAUCGCUGCCAUUUUCGACUCAUCGACCUCGGCGCAGUCUCCGGAGGUGCAGAUGGCGCUCAAGUGUGCCAUGGCCAUUGCACACUUGGAGCGUGCCAAGGUGACGGCGGCGGCACCGCACGAGGGCCUCCGGCAAGUUGAGAAGAUUGCGCGGCCCAGGACGACGGCCAACAUGUCGCUCCUCGGCUGCACGGCGCUCUUCAAGCUCAUGGAGGAGCUGUUCGCCAACCGGUCAUCGACGGAGUGUUUCAGCACCCCGCUGGAGCGUCUGGCCGGCAGCCUUCGGAUAUGGAUUGGCAGCGCGCCCGGCGAGAAGUGCGGCCUCGAGCAGGACGUCCGGCAUAAGAUGGUAGACCGCUGCCUCGGCAUCACCAAGAGCGUCGUCGGCAUGGAGACAGACACGGGGUACGGCAGCAUGAGCGAGUGCGACGAAGAGGGCUGUUGAGCUUUCUUCUGUUUCUCCCCAAGUCCGGUCUGGAGGCGGCGGCGGCGACGGCGGCGACGGCGGCAUCGGCCUCUCCCUCCUCACUACAUACUAGAUGGGCUCACAUUUCUUUUCUUCGUUGGUAUUUUCUACGGAUAGGGCAUCUGGGUUUUGGCGUCGCACACCCGGGGAGGAUGUAAACCCCCUUUUUUUUUCUUUCUCAUUUUGUCUUUCUCUCUAGUUAUACUGGGCGUUUCGUUUUCUAUUUUCUUUUUGUAAGGGAAAGCAACGAGAAAAACGGCUGGAAAAGGUUGGGACCAGCGGAUUUUGCAUUCGCAGAGACGGGAGGUCGCUUCUGGGUUGCUUGACAUUUUAUCUCCCACGAAAGGUGUGGAUGUUAUGGGAUGGGAUGUGGGGUGGAGGUUGGUGGUUUUCUGGGUGGGAUAUAUACACAUGUCGGCUCGAAAUGUUGCGACGGAACUUCUCUAUAAUACGGCGGCCAUUGGGGCCGGCGGCUAUGUAGAAUCAAUAUGGAUGCAGUGGCGUUGCUUUAGCAGUACAUGAUGGCCUUGUCGUAUCUUGCUUUUUCGGUCUGAUGGUGGCGCCUUUAGAGGAAGAGAAGGGGGAGGAGCUGAU